AUGUCUAUUAAUCCGAGAUUCAAGCUAUUUAAGCUUGCUACACCUGCACAAGUGUAUACUUCUCAAGAAGAUGAGCCACAUCCACAACCACAAUCAAAAUUAAAACUGCAAUCACAACAGAACAAUGCAACCAAACUGUUUGCUAAGCUGAAAAAGGAUGCUUAUGAUGCCACGUCUAGUAUAUUAUCCGACUAUGACGAUUUGGAAGUGAUGGAUGAUGAUCAAUCGCUGUAUGUGUUGUUUAAUCCAAAACAGAGAGCCAAGACUGAAUCUGAUAUACUUUCACUUACAAACACGUCGAGGGAAGAAGAUUCAAAGAUAGAAACAGAGGGAGAGGAAGAGGAAGAUGAAGAGGAAGAAGAAGAGGAGGAAGAAGAGGAAGAAGAGGCAGAAGAGAAAGAGCAACAGCAAGAGCAUCAAGAGGAUGGGGAUAAACUUUCAAACAAAAUCAAUAGCUGGCACCAUUCAAAUAUACUCAAGACAAGCCAACCAAUAGACGAAAACGUCGCCAGCUGGAACCUCGAUGAAGAAGUUAUGGACAAAAGCAGCAGCUAUACUAGCUUGUACUUCAAUAACAAUCUGCAACAACUGCUUGAUGAAAGCAAGAAAUUAUUAAAAGAGUUUUAUGGGGACGAUUUGUUCAAAUACCUAAGCCCACAGGAGAUUGCUCAAGCUAAAAAGUUUCACAAGUAUAUUGAUAUAAAGAAGUACUUGCUAAACAAACAAGAUGAUGAUAAUGCCGCCAUACUAAACUCAUCUAUACUAAAACAGUUAAUUUACAGAAUACUUUUUUUAAACAAUAAGAGUAAUGGUCACCAACUAGACACAGAUUAUCAGCAACAUCAAUCCUUUAAUAUGGGAGGCAAGGAUUACAUAAAUUAUCUCAUAAAGGAUAUUAACCAUUUCGAGCACUGCCAUUACUUUGGCGAGCACGCUGUUCCUGCUGCUACAUUUUCCGAAACAACAGGCGGCUCGUCUUUAAUUAUGUGUGGCGGUGUUGGAUUUGGAGCUAAUACAACAUGGAAUGACAUUUAA